AUGUCGCAAAAUGGGGAAGAGAUUGUCCCUGAUCCUCCUGAGAUGGAUGCAGCCGACUUUAUGCAUACGCCACAGUCUGGGCGUAUGGAGGAGUCAAUGACAGAGAGUGAGCUUGGAAACUCUAUGUACAAGCGAACGGCUGACCAAAUGGAGGGACAUACGCCGUCGUCAACAGGGUCGCGAGACGCGGGUAGCAGUGGUGGUACGCAAAAACAAAAAUCGACGCGUGGCGCGCGCGCUUGCACCAACUGCCACCGGUUGAAGAUGAAGUGUGAAGGUGCUGAAAAUGGCGGACCAUGCCUUCGGUGUGCACGCAGUGGACAUGAAUGCAUAUUCCUGGAAAGCAAUCGUGGCCGAAAGUCGGACAAACGCCGUAAAACGGCUGCUAUGCAGCAAAGUCUGAAAAAGGUCGAACAUAUGCUGGUUUCUUUACUACAGAAUAUGAAUGACACACCUGCAGCCACCAUGUCGCCGAUCGAUGCGACAUUCUCGCAGGCCAAACUGAAACACAGGAGCACGAAACCGGGCGCAGAUACCAACAUUUCCCCCGCCGCAGUUGACAUGCUGGUCGAACGUGUGCGCAAACUUGUGUCCGCAGAAGGACUGGACAAUGCUAAGACGCAUUCCAUCCGCGGCAUUGCCGAGCAGACUGCCAAGUUCAUGCAACAACUUGGUCUGCUAGAUGAGACUACCUGCUCAAACCUGUUUGAUCCUAGUGAUGAACGAUUCCUUAAAAAGUUGCUGCAGACUGCCUUAAAGGGAAAUGCGUCGAUGGACCGUACGAAUCCCUCUACGUCGAGCGACAAGAUGGAUUCGACACGCAUGCCGCAUUUGCCAGACAACACGCUGAACCCCUUGGGCCUUUUUGCAGAGGCCAGUUUGCAAAAUUGGCAACGCAAUAACUCAGAAAACCAACGCAACAAACAAUUCCCACAUUCUUCACGGCAUGACAGCCCAGGGACGCUGCCUGGUGGUGAUACACCCGGAGUGGAAGGGUUGAACCAAGGCGCACUCCCCCAUGGUCAGUCUGGUGCUAGCAAGGACGUGCCGCGGCAGUAUGGUGUUGCAAACGAGUCGUACUUCCACUCGAGCACAAUGACGCCGAUGGCUGCGAUGGAAAACGGUGGUGAUUCGCCACCGGAGCUGCUAACAGAAGGCAUUGUCUCAUCAGAGGAGGCGCUCGAAUUGUUUCGCAUCUUUUUCCAUCACUGCUCGCUGCACAUGUUCCUCCUCGAUCCCGAGUGGCAUACGCCGACGUUUGUGUGCUCUCGCUCGCCGUUUUUGUUUACGUGCGUGUGUGCGGUGGCAUCAAAAUUCUAUACACGUCGGCGGGACUUGUAUGUACAGUGCCAGCGCCGCGCUAUCAAGAGCGCCUUCGAUGUGAUGAGCCGUGGGCAUAAGUCGCCUGAGAUCGUGCAAGGGUUCCUGCUCCUGACGCUGUACAACCAGCCGGUAGAACGGUAUGAGGAGGAUCGGACAUGGCUCUUUGCAGGUGUCGCGAUCCGCAUGGCACAAGACUUGAACCUGCACCGCAAGACAGUGAUGUCGAACGAGGAGAAGGAAGAUGAAAAUAAGAUGCGUGACGUGCUCAAUCGCGAGCGUACGUGGUACAUUUGCUUCUGUGUGGACCGUACGCUAAGUGCACAGAUGGGCAAGCCGUACAGCAUCCGCGAAGACUUUCUGAUUCGGCAUGCAGCGGAAUGGUGUUUGCAGCCGUUCAGUCGACCAUGGGAUUUGGGUAUUUGUGCGCUUGUCGAUUUGCUGCGUGUGCAGACGCGCCAGUUGGACUUUUUGUACUCUUCGACGGUGACGCCGUCUGGUUUGAACGUCGAUUUGGACUACCCAGCGAUCCUCCCUUCGUUCAACGAGCAGCUCAGUGAGACAAUGCAGUUCUGGUACCGAUUGGGCCUCGAUUCUGUGACGCGAACGUGGCGCCCACUUUCGUCGAGCAAUCCUCAGACGGACAUGUCGAAGCCACCGCAUCCAGACAAUAUCGCCUUGACGCCAUCGCAGAGAAACAAGGAGCGAGGGGAGGACAAGGACAAGAAUCCUGAUACUGCAGAUAAGGACAAGAACAUGUCGAAAGCGUUUUUGCCGCUACUGCAGAAUCUCGUGAUGGAUCUGGGCAAUUCGGGUGUGGCGGAUACGCUGCGUGUUUCGACGCUCUUAGCGCUGCAUCAGGCGGGUCCUCCUGGCGAUGACGCAGAUCUGAGCACACGAUCGAUGUACUACAUUGCACGGCAAGCGCCGCUGCGGUACAACUAUGCGAUCUUGGUCCUCAACUCGUUUGGUCUGCAGUAUGCUCUGGAACGACCAAGUGAUGGCAUUUCUGCGGACAAGCCACAGUACUUGGUUCGCUGUGUGCAUGCUGCGAAAGAGAUUAUUGCUACUGUGAAGUACGGCAUGCGGGAAAUUCUGCGGUACGCUCCAGACCCGACCUUUGUCGUGGUUGCCUAUGCAUGUGUCUUCCUCCUGAAACUGAUCCAACCGAUGUUUGCCAAGUACAUCAAUGAGGAGGAGAUUAUUGCGUUGGUGAACAAUACCAUCGAAGUGCUGGAAGAGGCAGCGGUCGACCCAUCGCAUACGCCCGCACUCUACGCGUCGUUCCUUCGCUCAUUGGUCCAGUCGCGGCAUGAGUCCAGCAUGGAUAGCGCUUCGCAUGGCCACGCCGCGGCCGAAGCGGGACCGUCAGGCGCGGGCGCUACGCACGCGGCAUCGAUGGGCGAGCCACACCGGGCAGGGACUGGGCCAGCCAACGACCCAUCGCUUGCGCCCCCACCCCGCUCGCCCACGUCGAUGACCGUGGAUCCCACGCAAGUGAACCCGAUGGUCGCGGAGUUGGCCGCGAGCGAUCCCAUGCAUAUGAACAAUGCCCAUGGCAGCGAGUUGGAGCUGGACCCGUCAGGGGUGCCCACCACGCUGUCCAUGCCUAUGGAUACAUCGACUGUGCCGAUCAGUAUGCCUGCGCCGCAUGAUACCUUCCCCGACAUUCAAGGUUGGGAUGCGAUGCAAUAUGCCAAGGCCCAGGGUGUGGAUGUGAAUCGUGUGCUUGACAACAGCUUCUGGGCGAGUUUACUGCCGCCUGGGUAUGGCAGUGGUGGUCCCAACCCUGUCCCGUCGUUUGACCUCUCGCGUGAGUCGGACUUGUUCCGCCCCUCCUCGGCGUCAGGUGGUCGGGCAGCGUUGACACCUGGCGCGACGCGGGCCUCGUCGCCCACGCUGAUGCUGGGCCAUUUCCCACUGUGA